GUAUCUAACCAAUUACUCUCCUAAUGUUUCACAUCAGAAUAGUGCUAGUUGAUGAAAGUUACUUCGGGAUCAAGAAAGGUAAAGUCAAAUUUAUUUGGGUUAUUCGCUCAAUUCCAAUCGAAUGCACUGGAUCUAGUAUAGUAUGAAUUGGCGAUCAGAACAUAUAUGGAUAGAACUUAUAACGGGGUCUCGAAAAACGAGUAAUUUUUGCUGGGCCUGUAUCCUUUUUUUAGGUUCACUAGGAUUCUUAGUGGUUGGAACUUCCAGUUAUCUUGGUAGGAAUUUGAUACCCGUAUUUACAUCUCAGCAAAUCAUUUUUUUUCCACAAGGGAUCGUGAUGUCUUUCUACGGGAUCGCGGGUCUAUUCAUUAGCUCGUAUUUGUGGUGCACAAUUUCGUGGAAUGUAGGUAGCGGUUAUGACCGAUUCGAUAGAAAAGAAGGAAUAGUGUGUAUUUUUCGCUGGGGAUUUCCUGGAAUAAAUCGUCGCAUCUUCCUUCGCUUCUUUAUGAGAGAUAUCCAAUCAAUCAGAAUAGAGGUUAAAGAGGGUCUUUAUACUCGUCGUGUCCUUUAUAUGGAAAUCAGAGGCCAAGGAGCCAUUCCCUUGACUCGUACUGAUGAGAAUUUUACUCCACGAGAAAUUGAACAAAAAGCUGCCGAAUUGGCCUAUUUCUUGCGCGUACCAAUUGAAGUAUUUUGAAACGAACUGAAGUGAAGAAUAAAAUGAAGAAUAAAUAUUUUCUCAAGAUGGGGGAAGGAACUUGCUAAUUCCUCUUUUAAUACAACUGAAGUUUCUUCAUUCUUUUAUACUAGAAAAAGGUCUAAUCUAACUAACGAAUCUAAUCUAAUAAGUAUAGAUAUAAAUUCAUCAAACCUAUCCGAACAUGUAUUUCGUAAUACAGAAUUCAUCUUUUUAGGCCCAAGAUUUGGAAUUGAUACCCUUUUCUGGUUAGACGGUGAAACAUUUCGAAAGAAUUAAUUGAUCCAGGGGGAGUUUUUUCGUCUCGAAACUCGAUUCGUUACUUCAAGUGGGUUUUCGAGUAUUCAUCGAAAGGAACAAAUGAAAAUAAAAUUGGUUCAAAUUUGCCCAAUUGAGAUAUCUGGAAUAAUAUUUAUUUCUUUUUUUCUCAUUUUCAUCCGAAAAGAACUCUUAUUCUAUGUCUAUAUUCCUUCUAAAUCAAAAAAAAAAUAAAAUUAUUACACAAUAAUAGGAAAGGAAUAGACCCAUAGGUCAAUACCUUGUUAUACAACUCGUGCUUCAAAGAAAUAUCAGAUCAGAUAGAGUCAACGAAUGAAGCAGGUUCAUUAACAAUUCAAUUCACAGAAAAAAAAAAAUGAAAAAAAAGAAAGCAUCGGCCUCCCUCCCAUAUCUCGCAUCUAUAGUAUUUUUGCCCUGGUGGGUCUCUUUCUCAUUUAAUAAAUGUCUGGAACCUUGGGUUACUAAUUGGUGGAAUACCAGGCAAUCCGAAAAUUUUUUGAAUCAUAUUCAAGAGAAAAACGUUCUGGAAAGAUUCAUAGAAUUAGAAGAACUAUUCCUAUUGGACGAAAUGAUAAAGGAGUACCCGGAAACGCAUAUACAAAAACUUCAUAUAGAAAUACACAAGGAAACAAUACAAUUAGUCAAAGCACACAAUGAAUAUGAUCUCCAUAUCAUUUUGCAUUUCUCGACAAAUAUAAUCUGUUUCGCUAUUCUAAGUGGUUAUUUUAUUCUGAGUAAUGAAGAACUCGUCAUUCUUAAUUCUUGGGUUCAGGAAUUCCUCUAUAACUUAAGUGACACAAUAAAAGCUUUUUCUAUUCUUUUAGUUACUGAUUUAUGGAUCGGAUUUCACUCGACCCAUGGUUGGGAACUAAUGAUUGGUUCGGUCUACAACGAUUUUGGAUUGGAUCAUAACGAUCAAAUUAUAUCUGGUCUUGUUUCCACUUUUCCAGUUAUUCUAGAUACAAUUGUGAAAUAUUGGAUCUUCCUUUUUUUAAAUCGUGUAUCUCCUUCGCUUGUAGUAAUUUAUCAUUCAAUGAAUGAAUAAAGAACUCAUUUGAUCUUAUUAUAUCAAUCAAAUCAGAAUCUUUCUUCGUGUAUAAAGAAAGUAUUUUCAAUUUGACUUAAUUCUUUAUACUUUUAUCUGUUCAAGGUAUUCGUCCUAUAUUCCAGUACAAUUAUUCCAGUACAAUGACAGACUCGUGUAUAGGGAACUAUACUAGCUACCUAUCUAAUUUAUUGUAGAAAUUCGGGGAUCAAUGAUUGGACAUGCAAAAUAAAAAUACUUUUUCUUGGGUAAAGGAAGAGAUGACUCGAUCCAUUUCUGUAUCGAUCAUGAUAUAUGUAAUAACUCGGGCAUCUAUUUCAAAUGCAUAUCCCAUUUUUGCGCAGCAGGGUUAUGAAAACCCGCGAGAAGCAACGGGACGAAUUGUAUGUGCCAAUUGCCAUUUAGCUAAUAAACCCGUGGAUAUUGAAGUUCCGCAAGCUGUGCUUCCUGAUACUGUAUUUGAAGCAGUUGUUCGAAUCCCUUAUGAUAAGCAACUGAAACAAGUUCUUGCUAAUGGUAAAAAGGGGACUUUGAAUGUGGGGGCUGUUCUCAUUUUACCCGACGGAUUCGAAUUAGCCCCCCUUGAUCGUAUUUCUCCUGAGUUGAAAGAAAAGAUAGGAAAUCUGUCUUUUCAGAGUUAUCGUCCCAACAAAAGAAAUAUUAUUGUGAUAGGUCCUGUUCCCGGUCAGAAAUAUAGUGAAAUCGUCUUUCCCAUUCUUUCCCCCGACCCUGCUACGAAGAAAGACGUUCACUUCUUAAAAUAUCCCAUAUACGUAGGUGGGAACAGAGGAAGGGGUCAGAUUUAUCCUGAUGGUAGCAAAAGUAACAAUACAGUCUAUAAUGCUACAUCAGCAGGUAUAGUAAGCAGAAUAGUACGUAAAGAAAAAGGGGGAUAUGAAAUAACCAUAGUUGAUGCAUCGGAUGGACAUCAAGUGGUUGAUAUUAUACCUCCAGGACCAGAACUUCUUGUUUCAGAGGGUGAAUCCAUCAAGCUUGAUCAACCAUUAACAAGCAAUCCCAAUGUGGGAGGCUUUGGUCAGGGAGAUGCAGAAAUAGUGCUUCAAGACCCAUUACGGGUCCAAGGUCUUUUGUUCUUCUUGGCAUCUGUUAUUUUGGCACAAGUUUUUUUGGUUCUUAAAAAGAAACAGUUUGAAAAGGUUCAAUUGUACGAAAUGAAUUUCUAGGUGCAGAGAUUCCUUAACAUCAAGUUGGUAAAAAGCGCCGAAUUUUUUUUGAUCCAUACAAUUAUGUAUGAUCAAAAAAUCUGUAAACCUUUUUGGUUGCUUUGUUUAUACUUUUUUUUCGUUUUGCGGGAUGUCUGGAAUUCAUUACUUGUAUCCUAUUCUUAGUAAUAGACAAUAGACAUACAAAGAAAGAGAAUACAGAGCAAGGAUGGGAAAAAUGAAAGAAAGAAAUCCUUUUAGGAGGGAUUACUAGUCUUACGAGUCUUCUAUUCGACACAAGAAAAGGGCGGAAAAUCCUUUUUCUUGUGUCGUCUUAUAUCGAAAUAAUAAUGAUUUUUUCUCCUGUUCGUCAAAGAUUACCAUUCCUUCUUUUCCGGGUCCACCAGAACUCUUUUGGUUAGAUUCAUAGGAAGUUGUGGACAAACAAAAAGAGAGAAAGGAUUAGGGGAAUAAUUGAUUGAGCAAAUAGAACUUCUUCAAUUAACUUAAACUUUUAACUUAGAGAAAUUAUUCAAGAGAAAUUAUUCAAACAAAUUAUAUUAUAGAGUUUUAUAGAGUAAGUUCUAUAGAGUAAGUUCUAUUAGUAGUUUAGUAUAGAAAUUAUUUGCAGGAUGUCUCAUGCGUAGAAAUCUAUAUAAUAUUGUAUUAUUCAGAAAAUCCAUUGAUUACUCUUUUCUUGUUUCUUCAUAAGAGUUAAUAUUAUGGAGGAAAGGAAGAACAGAGACUAUGAAUCAAUCAAUAGAUUCAAUUCUUCAAAAACAUUAUUAAGAAACAAAAGAAUAGAGUGGUUUGAAACAUCAGAGCAAAGGAUCCGUUUUGUCAUUUCAUUUCUACGAAUAUAAUAUUUUGAUUAUGUUGACUGGCCAAUUUGUAUGUUAUGGAAUAGAUCAUAAUCUUCCUAUAAGAGUAAGAAAAGAACUCAACGGGACCUUAUCGCUCUAAUUAGACAAAGGAGGGUAAGGUCCCGUUGAGUUCUUUUCUUACUCUUUCAUGUCUACAAUCCGGUUUAUCCGAUUACUAGAGAGAUGAACCCAACCCAGAAUAUGAACCGUAAAAGAAAACACCUAUUAAACCGAUCACAGGAAUACCAGUUACAGUACCAACCAGCCAAAGAGGAAUCCUUCCAGUAGUAUCGGCCAUUUCCCCUACUUUCCUCCACAUUUUCUCAAAUGGUCGUGCUAGAGACAAAAACAGUCAUGGAUAAUUAUGAGGAUGGUAUCUUUCCGAAUGGGAUAAGAGAAUUCCUACUAUUCUCUUUCUUUCUUUCAAUUGAAGAAAUAAUUGGAAAAUAAAACAGCAAGUACAAAAAUGAGUAAUAAACCCCAGUAUAGACUGGUACGAUUCAAUUCAACAUUUUGUUCAUUCGGGUUUGAUUGUGUCAUAGCUCUAUAAUUCAAAUUAGGUUUAUCGUUGGAUGAACUGCAUUGCUGAUAUUGACCCCAAAAAAGAAACGGUAGGUACAGCUAGUCCGUGAACAGCCAACCAUCGCACUGUAAAAAUUGGAUAGGUUCGAUCUAUGGUCAUUGGGGGCCUCCUAAAAGGAUUUACUAAAUUCAUCAAGUUGUUCCAAAGAAUCAAAACGGCCGGUUAUCAAUGGAAUACCUUGUCGGCUCUCUGUGAAAUACUCGUUUGGCCGAGGACUUCCAAACACGUCGUAAGCUAAACCCGUACUGACGAAUAA